AUGGCAUCUUCUUCCUCCUUGUUUCUCCUCGCCGUCCUUCUUGCGCUGGUUUCAUGGCAGGCCACUGCCUAUGAUCCUAGCCCUCUCCAAGAUUUCUGUGUCGCCGACAUGAAAUCACCUGUGCAAGUAAAUGGGUUCCCUUGCAAGGACCCAAUGGCUGUCAACCCAGACGACUUCUUCAAUGCAGCCAUGCUUGACCAACCCAGGGAUACCAUGAAGAGCAAGGUCGGCUCCAACGUCACCAACAUCAAUGUCAUAAAUUUUCCCGGCCUUAACACCCUCGGCAUCUCGCUGGCGCGCAUCGACUAUGGACCAUUGGGCGUGAACACACCACACAUACACCCACGUGCCACCGAGCUCCUCACUGUUCUUGAGGGAACACUAUACCUUGGAUUUGUCACGUCCAACCCAAACAGGCUCUUCUCCAAGGUGGUUAAGAAGGGUGAUGUAUUCGUGUUCCCAAAGGCAAUGAUCCACUUUCAAAUGAACCUUGCGCAUGACAAGCCGGCAGCUGCGUUGUCAUCACUCAGCAGCCAAAACCCUGGGGUUAUUAGUAUUGCCAAUGCAGUCUUUGGAUCAAAGCCACCGAUUUCAGAUGAUGUUUUGGCCAGGGCGUUUCAGGUGGAGAAGGACCUGAUCCAUUGGCUCCAAUCUCAGUUCUGGGAGAACAACAACUACUAACUUCUUUUGUAGGUGUUUCCACCUAUGAGAAAGUUAAU